GUUAUCGAACAGGCGAACACCAUGCUGAACCGCAUGGAACAUCGAGGCGCCUGCGGAUGUGAUGAUGAGACUGGUGAUGGUGCAGGUGUCAUGACGGGCAUUCCAUAUGAGCUUUUUGAGCGAUUCGCUGAGAAAGCUGGUUACAAACUGCCACCAUUGGGCGAGUUUGCAGUGGGUAUGUUCUUCGUUCAUGACGAAGCGAAGGUUGGAGAAGUGAUGAGCCGCUUCAGCAAGUAUGCCGAAGAAUGUGAAAUGAAAGUUCUAUUCUGGCGUGUGGCAGAAGUCAACAACUUACAAAUCGGAACUGUUGCUGCCUCAGCUGAACCGGUGACUCUUCAGAUUUUUGUUGUGAAUAGUGGAGAAGAGGAGGACUUUGUGAAUAUGAAAUUCAUCUGCAAGGUUUUCUUCCUUCGUAAAUACGCCACGCACAAGUUUGAGGAAGACGAUAUAGCCUACAUUUGCAGCCUUUCUGCUAAAACUGUGGUCUAUAAAGGCAUGUUUACAAGCCGUCAACUAUGGGAAUACUACCUGGAUUUACAAUCUCCAGACUUCAAGACUCACUUCGCUAUUGUGCACAACCGUUUCUCUACGAAUACUUUCCCAUCAUGGUCUCGGGCCCAUCCUCAGCGGUUGAUGGCACACAAUGGUGAAAUAAACACCUUAAGAGGCAAUGUAAAUUAUGCUAGUGCUCGUCAAGCGCUCAUGGAGAGUACGAGGUUUGGGAAGCGGCUUGAGGAACUCUUUCCUAUCAUUGAGGAUGGAAUGUCAGAUUCGGGAUGCUUUGACAAUCUCCUCGAGUUCCUCUGCUAUUGUUCUACUCGUUCUCUGCCAGAAGUUGUCAUCUCCAUGAUACCUGAAGCUUGGCAAUCAGACGAAUCUAUCCCAUCCCAUAAACGCAACUUCUACAAGUGGGCUGCCAGUCUGCUUGAACCGUGGGAUGGACCUGCUUUGAUCGUCUUUUCUGACGGUCGCUACAUUGGUGCCAUUCUGGACAGAAAUGGUCUUCGUCCAGCUCGUUAUUAUACAACCACAGAUGGAAUGAUCUAUAUGUCCUCUGAGGUCGGUGUAGUUGACAUACCAGAUGUUGUCGGUGUCAAAGCGAAAGGUCGACUCAAACCAGGUCGUCUUCUCAUUGUGGACACCGAGGCUGGGGAGUUGCUCAAUGACGAACAGCUGAAGGAGGAGAUUGCUGGGCGUUAUCCCUUCGUUGAUUGGAUUAAGGAUGGAAGCGCUUUUUAA